GGAGGUAGGCAAUCAGCUGGCUGUGUUUUGUGUUGUUAACGGAGUUUCAGCAGCAUUCAUUUGUUUGUCUUCCUCACGAUGUCCGCUUGUGUUGAAGAUUAUAAAACGGUGCUCAGUUUAUGGGGUCCAGUGGAGGCUAAUCCUAAAUACUAUGGGGAGAUUAUUUUUCAACGCUUGUUUGAGACCCAUCCAGAUGCUCAGAAGCUGUUCCCCAAGUUUGCUGGCCUUUCCAAAGAGCAGCUGGAGAACAAUCCUGACUUCCAGGCCCAUGGGGAAAUUGCUGUCUCCACGCUGACAGAAUUUGUGCAACAUCAAAAGGCAGACCAGUCAUUUGUGAAGGAGCUGGCACAACGUCGUGAGGUUUGGUUUCAGAAGAUGAACUUUUCGAUCUUUAGUGAAAUCAUUGUCAUGGUAGCAGCAGAGAAGAUUGAUGGGUUUGGAACUGAUGCUCAAACAGCCCUGAAGAAUGUGCUGAAGGCGUUUCAGACUGCCAUGGGAGCUUGAUAUGAUGAGCUAAGAUUUGAUCAAUGCUGUUUUGUGCAAGCUGCCUUGAUAGGAUGGUGUUUGAGCUCCUGUAUGAAUAAAACUACUUCAAAAAGAA